AAAUCUCACUAUCUUCAAUAUCCAUAUAUUUUCACUUCCAUAACAUCGGAAAGAAACCAUGUCGGGUGUUUGGGUGUUCAAGAAUGGUGUUGUUAGGCUAGUGGAGAACCCAGGUGCUGACGCCUUGCAAGGUCCAACUCGGCGCAAGGUGCUGGUGCACCCAUCGACGAACCAAGUGGUCACUUCAUACGAGGUUCUUGAAGGAAUCCUAACAUCUAUGGGAUGGGAAAGGUGCUAUGAAGAUCCUGAAUAUCUCCAGUUUCGUAAGACAACGACAAUUCACCUCAUAUCUCUCCCAAAAGACUUCAAUAAGUUCAAGUCAAUGCACAUCUAUGAUAUCAUGGUCAAAAAUCCUAAUGAAUUUGAAGUAAGGGAUGCUCAGUAAACUCCUGGUGGUCGUGGUCUAGCAUAUAUGGCUGGUACCCUGGCUCCAUCUUUUCUUUCUAAUAUAUAUGUGUGUGUUUGUGUGUGUUUUGAUCGUUGGGAUUCUGCGUUUUUCAUCAUGAACGUUUGAUUUUUACUGUUUGAAAAUAUGGCUUUCAAGUAUUUCUAUAUUAUCUCGAAUUAUGUUUUCAAAAUGUCCAGUUACGUUGUUGUAAUGGUGUAUGUAUAAAGUAAGCCUUUUUUUGGUGUGAUUAUACCUAUAAA